AUGGGUGUUUAUAAAUCGAAGUCUAAGCAUAAUAUUGCUAAUUAUUAUCAAAUCAUAGUCAUCAAUAUUUUCAUUCUCUCUUCAGUCACAUCUUCAUCCAUGGCUUCUUCUUCUUUGUCUUCAAUUGAUUUUUCGACUGCAAUUUUAAUAAGAGUUGAUCAAUCGGGCAAAGGAGAUUUCAUUAAGAUUCAAGAAGCAAUUGAAUCUAUCCCUCCUAAUCUAAACAACUCUCAACUCUAUUUCAUUUGGGUUAAGCCUGGAACUUACCGAGAAAAAGUGGUGAUUCCUGCGGAUAAACCCUACAUAACGUUGAGUGGAACACAAGCUUCCAACACAAUUCUCGUAUGGAGCGAUGGUGAAGACAUUUUGGAAUCACCCACUCUCACAAUCUUCGGCUCCGAUUUCGUUUGCCGAUUUCUCACUAUUCAGAAUAGGUUUGGAACAACGGGACAGGCGGUUGCGCUGCGGGUGGCAGCGGAUAAUGCAGCGUUCUACGGUUGCGUGAUAACCUCAUACCAAGACACUCUUCUUGAUGACAAUGGGAAUCAUUACUUCAAGAACUGCUAUAUUGAAGGAGCCACCGAUUUCAUCUGUGGAAGCGCUUCUUCUCUCUAUGAAAGGUGUCAUCUACACUCGUUGUCGCCGAACAAUGGGUCGAUAACGGCGCAAAUGAGAUCGUCGGCGUCGGAGAAAUCAGGGUUUACAUUCUUGGGAUGCAAGCUAACCGGUUCGGGUUCCACGUUUUUGGGAAGACCAUGGGGAGCUUAUUCUAGGGUUGUCUUUGCUUAUUCCUUCUUCUCCGAUGUUGUCGCACCUCAAGGAUGGAACGAAUGGGGAGACUCCAGCAAAGAAAAUACCGUUUAUUAUGGUGAAUACAAAUGUUACGGUCCCGGAGCAGACAGGGGACCAAGGGUAAAAUGGUCAAAACAAUUAUCCUACGACGAAGCUGCCGUCUUCUUGAGCAAAGACUUUAUCGGCGGCAAAGACUGGCUCCGACCUGCGCCUUCUCACUUCAAGAAUGCUCCCAAACCAAACCCAUAA